AUGGCUUUCUCAACCUCUGGAUCCAAGUGGUCACCACUGGAUGACUAUCAGUCUGAGUACCAAGUUAAAGCUUGGGUGCCCUUUGCCGGCCCCAGCCAGAACAACAUCGAGGGACAGACCUCAGAUGUCUCAGCUGUUCCCGAGCUGAGCUUGACGGAACCCGAAUUCGACGUUUCGGAGCAUCAUUAUGUUGGUGAUGUAGCUUCCUGCAGCCACCCCUAUGGAAGACUCCAUUGCCCCUCGCAUAAUACCCACGAUAUCAGUGCCUGUCAUUCUGAGCUUGGAGCUUAUUCUACGGCCGACUUCAGCCAUGGCAACUCUCACUUGGCAGGCCGUGCAAACGAUUACCACCGCUCUGCAUCCCUUCCCCCGUCACUCGAACGCUACGUACAAGACCCUCAGCACCACGAGAAAAUAUCCACGGGGCAUGGCAUCAAGUGUGUGAAGAAGUCCAAGAGAUACCACAAGAGCAAGGCGCGCAAGAACAUCGCAACCAAGGAUAUGAAGGUCGUGGAUAGACGCGACGAGUACCAACAGCAAUCCAGCGCCGACGGCCGAAGCGGGCGCUCGAGACACGGCAGCUAA